AUGAUGAAUAGGUUAAUUUUGAACAAGGCCACCUCAUCAAAUGAUGAGCCGACUCCUGGAUAUUUAUACAAUGAAAUUACACAAAUGACAUUUUGUUCAAAAGAAUCUUUAGGUUUAGUAGGAGAAUAUUUAUUAAAGAAAUUACAAAGAACAGAUUUAAAUGUAAAAUUAAAGACGUUAAAGAUUAUGAAGCAUUUAUGUGAUAAGAAGAGAGCAGAUUUUCGAAAUUUCCUAAAGAAGAAAAUGGAUAUAAUUAAAGAGUGUCAGCAAUGUAAUAUUGUAAAUGACGAAUUAAAAGGUGAGACGCCAUCCAUGUUAGUACGUAAAGAAGCAACAGAUUUGAUUAAGCUAAUUUAUUCAUAUGAUGCUACAGAAAAUGUUAUGAAAAGUUCAUCAAAUAAUAGUCAAGAUACUAUGAAAAAUAAUAGAAUUGAAGGUUUUGGAAAUACUGUAUUUGAUAAUAAAAAUAAUCAAAAUAAUCAAAAUUAUCAGCAUAAUCAACAUAAUAAUAUAUAUAAUCAUAGUAAUAAUAAUUAUAAUAAUAAUAUGUAUCAUAAUAAUGAUAGAAAUAUUAAAACUAAUAUGGAAACAUAUGGAAAUAAAUUUGUAAGUAAUAAUUAUAAUAAUAAAAAUAAUUAUAUGAGUAAAAUGUCAGGUUUUGGAAAUCCUUAUUUUAAUCAAAACCCAGUACAAAAAACAAAAGGAGAAAUAGCUAUAAAAUAUUUAAAUGAAGUGGCAAAUAAAUAUAUACCCUCUUCAUUUGUAAAUAAAAUUAAUAGAGUAAGUGCAUCUCUUAGUAAAAAUUAUUCAAAUGGUUCAUUAAAUAUACAUAGUAUAAUGAAUGGUAGAGCGUUCAAUAAAGGUCUUGAAAAAAAUCAUAUGAAAAGAGCAGAAAGUCAUUACUACAAUAAAAAUAAUAUUAAUAGUAUGAAUAGUAUGAAUUAUAUGAAUAAUCAUAAUAAUAAUCAUAAUAAUAAUAAUAAUAAUAAUUAUUAUUAUAAUAGCUCUAGAAGAAAUGAAAACAUACUAAAACCCCAUGAAUCACAACAAGCAGGAUUAUAUGAGAAUAAAAUUAUUCAAGACAUAUUAUUAACUACUGGUAUUAAUAAAGUACCAUCAGAAAAUGUACUUAAUGAAUUUGCUAUUAAAUGUAAAACACUAGAUACCAAAUUAAUCGUUUCAAUACUUACAGAGAAAUUAAAGAAAAGUGUUCAUGACGAAGAAGAAAAUUAUAAAUACAAAUAUAAAGUAUUAUCUAUUAUAAAACAUUUAUUAUUUUUUAGAACUAAUGAAGAAAAAGAAACUCUUAUAGAAACCUUGGAGGUCCUAAUUCAGAAUUUAAAAAAUCAAACAUUAGAAGAAUUAUAUAAAUGUAAAGAAAUUAAACAAUUAAAAAAAAUUGUUAUAGAAAUAUUUGUUCUCAUGGGAUUACAAAAAAAAACAAACACUCAAGAAAAUGAAAAAAAUAUAAAUAUUAAUUUAUAUCAAAACCAGGCAUCUAUGGAAUUACCAAAUCUAUUGGAUAUGGAUGAUGAUAUAACACCACCUAUAAAUAAUAAUAAUAUGAAGAAGAAUAUCACAAUGGGUGAUGCAAAAAUAUUUCAUCAUGAGAAAAAUAUAUCAGAUGAUCUUAUGUCGCUUAGUCAAAAUUUUUCAAAUGGGACCCUCAACAAAAACAAGAAAACAGGUAUCGACAACAAUGAACAAUUUAAUAAUCAAUGGAAUAACAAAAAGGAUAAAAACAUGGAAAAUCUUUUGUGCGAUCUUGAAAAUAUUUCAAUUAAUAAUAAUGAAUUAUUCAACAGCUUAAAUGUUAAGGGUAAUAACACCCAAAUAUUAUAUAAUAAUAUGAAGUCUAAUCAAAAUGAAGAUAAAACUUAUUAUAAUAAACAACAAUGUAACAAUAAAAAUAAUAUGAAUAAGAAUUAUAAUAAUAAUGAUAAAUUUAACUUGAUGAACUCUAAUAAUGAUCUCAUAUUUUUUGAAAAUAAAAAAGAAAGUAAUACAAAAGAAAUAAAUGUAUCGUCUAAACCAACUAAUCAAACUAAUUUAAAUGACGAAGGAUUAUUCUUUCAUUUAAAUCAACAAAAUAUUUAUGAACAUGAAAAUAAAUUAAUAGAUAUAAAUAAUGAUAGUACUAAUAAUUCAUUGAAUACAUAUUUUAAUAAUAUAUCACAAAAUACAUAUGAAAAGGAUAAUAUAAUAAACACAACUUCAUUAAAUAAUAAUAUAAAAACAAGUAAUAUAAAUUAUGUUCAUGAUAACCAUUUAAAAAUGGCUGAUGAUCAAAUUGACAAUUUUUUUAAUUCUUUCACUUUAUCCUCUAAAAAAAAUGAACAAAACAAUACAAAACCAAAUGUAAAAAUUGAUGCCUUCGAACUAUUAUCGGAUCAUAUGAAACUAUAA